AUGGCGAAUGAGGAUGGGCCACUUUCAUUCUUGGAUCGGUUAUUGGAAGAGGAAAGGCACAGCAACUUGCACUUGGGAGAUGUUCGUUUCUGGAAGCAUCUGGAACAUAUGGACAGUAGUCAUAUCUACCGCACCAAGUCCCUCGAGUACAAGACCAUGAAACUCAUGUUUUGCGAGGGCGUGUUCUUUGCCUUGUUCCUGUUCGUGCUCACCACUUACCUGAUUUCAGAGAAAGCCGGUGAUCUGUAUUCGAGCCGCAGGCAGCAGCUGGACUAUUGGGGUGGUUGCACCAUGCAGGCGACGACGAGGCAUUGCAAGGUGAACGAUGUCAAGGACAUCCCUUCUCUCCUGAGUUGGCUGACGGAUGAUUUCAUACCUUUGGCUUUCACUGACCGCACCGAAUACCCUUCAGUGGUUAUGUCAACUUCGGUCUUUAGACUACAGGAUGGUACGAUGCAUUGGACACCGCGCUUCGUUGGGGAUACCCAAACUUCGGUGCUCAUCGGGACGAUCCGUAUGCGGCAAGUUCGUGUCCAAUACAGCCAGGCAUGUAGUAUCCUAGACGAGCUAAACAACAUUGGAGUCACCGAUUGCUUUGCGGACUAUUCCGAUGCGGUGCAGAGUCGUCUGUCAUGGGCACCGGCCUGGGCGCCUGAACAUUUGAAGGACCACUACGUGUUCAAGAGUGCCAACAUAACAGAGCAGCGGGAGUUCGUCGGCAGGUAUGCAGUCUACCCUGGCGACGGUUUCGUCCUCGACUUGGGGCUAAACCUCAUGGACGCCCAAACCAGGAUACGAGAGUUGGAGUACUGGAAGUGGUUGGACUUUCGUACCCGUGCUUUCAUGAUUGAGUUGAACACCAUCAACCCGAAUGUGAACAGUUUUGUUCACAGCAGGAUACUCUUUGAAUUUCCUGCGGCGGGUGGUGUGCUCAUUCGUCAAGAGGCUUUUCCUUUUCGUGCGGUGCAGCUCUCUUUGGCACUCAUGGCUGCGGACGACUUCGGCGGCAGCUUCGUCUACCUGGUGCUGACGUGUGGCUUCAGCAUUCUUUUCGCCAUUUAUAAUAUAUGGCUGAUCUACAAGAACGGCGCUCGUUUCUUCACGUACUUCUGGUCAAAUGUGGACUUGUUGAGCCUCGUGGUCUGGGCUUUGAUGCUUUUGCUGAAGAUCCAGAUCUUUCAGGUGGCAGACACACUGCCUAGUUUGACGCCAGAUGUCAUCAGCGACCCAGAGAUGUUCUAUCCCAUCGGUACGCUGGUUCCCAACAUGGAGCUUGUGAUGGGGCUCCAGGCCUUGCUCGGACUUAUCACCUGGCUUCGAGUCCUGAAGUAUCUGACGCUCUCGCGCACGUUCCUACCCUUCGUGCGCGUUUUUGAGCGCUGCUUCAUAGCCCUGAUCAAGUACUCCGCGCUGCUUUCCGUGGCGCUCUUUGGGUUCGCAGUGGCAAUCUACAUCGGCUUCGGAACUGAGGCCGGCAUCUACAACAGCAUCUGGAGCACUUUCGUUGCGGUGGCUGUGGCGCCAGCAGGGGGCGUCGACUUGGGCCCCGUCACAGACAAGAACAACAGUUUGGUUGCUCCCAUCAUUCUGUUCUCCUACAUCAUCGUCGUCGUCCUGCUGGUGCUGACCACGUUUAACGCUAUCCAGAUCGACUCGUACAGUGUGACAACGUACGAGCUCUCAACUUUGAAGAGGCACAAAGCACCCGGUGCUGGCGGUGAUCCAACUAUCAUCUUUAUUUGGACGUACUUGAACGCCUUGAAGGGUGUCAAACUGGUCGGGAAGGAAACGAAUGAGGACAUAGGUGGUCCCCAAGACCAGGUCAUUGCACUAAGCUCGUUGCCAGAGCCGGUGGCGACCAAGUACUAUCGCAUGAGGAGGAAGAUGGAGAAGAUCCGGGACAAAGCGUUGGAUCGGAUAGAGGACUUGAAGCGCCAAAAGCUGAUUGAAGCAGGGAUUGGCCUGGAGCAGAUCGAGGCCACCCGACGCAGUGGGCGAAGAACGUCCCAACUGGCCUUGGCGGAUGGGGACGAGGAACCUCACCAUGAUGAUGAGGACGACAGAAUCCCAACAUCCACGGAAAUGGCCAACAUCAUUGUGAACCGGGUACAACUGCAGCGAAUGCUGGACGAAGAUCCGAGGCUUGUGGAGAUUUGUUCAUCGGACAAGGCCGUUGAUGUGGUGCGACGAUUCAGGGUGGACCAGACUGGAGACGAUCCCUUCGAAGUGGUGGCCCGGCUCCAGGCCUCAGUGGCCGAGAAGCUCAGCGCCAUCGAAAGCAUCAACUCCGAUCUCGCCUUCGACGAAGUUGAGACCCUGCGGGUCAUGUCGCAGGAGCUCCACAGCGCCCUCACCGAGUCGCAGAAGGAGUGGCGCGCAGAACUGCUCUCGGUCCUGCAAUUGGCAUCGCUGCUGUCGAACGCCUUGAUUGACCUGACCAGAAAGAUCGAGCAGGUUCAACUGAACCACACAGAGCUCGCUAUUCGGGCAGCCCCUUUGACCAUUGGCAAGAAGUGA